CCUUUACUGGUGGGCAAAGUAAAGAACAGCAACUCCUGUUCCACACCGAGCUUUUUUUUUCUUUUCCGGGACAAUAACGCACGGGCUAAACUGCGUGGACUAUAGUAGCACUCGUCGUUGGAGAGCUUCAGCCUGUAGCCGUCGCCUGCCCGCUCAUGGCGAAUGAGCGGCUAAGAGCUCUGGAGGAUGUGGAGAAGGAGAUAGCUACGAUCCUGCAGUGCGCCGGUAACAUAGUACUGGAGCUUUCGAAAGACAAACACAACGCCAGUCUGCUGGACAGACAGCUGGUCCAGUUCCAGGGCUCCGUCAACCGAGUGGAGAGCGAGCUGAGCGGCCAGAUCCGGUACCUUACACAGGUAGCCACCGGUCAGCCUCAUGAGGGUUCCACUUAUUCUGCUCGGAAGGACUGUCAGAUGGCACUCAACAGAGCAGAGUACGCCAAGGUCAAACUGGGAGAACUGGGAAGGACGUGUGAAGUCAUGCUGGAACAACAACAACAACAACAGCAGUAUCAGCAGCAGCAGCAGCAGCAGCAACAACAACAACAACCACAGCAGCAGCAGCUCCAGCAGCAGCAGCAGACCUGAGAGCAGAGAGGGGCAUUCACUGCAGCAUUUUACCCAAAUGACUGUAUUUGCCACCAGCCGUAAAAACAUUUCAUUGAUCCUUUUCCAUUUUUAUUAAUGUGCAUUUCUGGGUAUAUGUUUUGUUUGUUAUGGGAUUUCUUUUAUAUUCAUGUGCAUAUGUAGACCAUGUUAAAUUUCCCCAAAUGAUUUCCAAAUGUUUCAGCAUAUCCACCUCUUGCUAGGCUCCUGAACAUCAUACAAGGAUGAAUCUUAGCAGAGAGAAUGCAAACAAUAUUUUCUCCACCACUCAAACUUCAGUUGUGUGGAAUAAAAAGCAGUGUAAAAAAAAACCCAAUGUGAAGAACUCUUGGAUGGUCAUUUAAAGCGCUCUGACCAAGUUGUAUAAGCUGAUGUACAAUGCAUCUACUGCAGCAGAUGGAGAAUCCGACAAGACGCCGUGUAAGCUGUGCAAUGUGCUAAUGUGUACAGAGGCCUUUUAGACACAAAGAUGUAUUCCAGUUUAGGUGCACAAUAUAUAUAUAUAUUUUGGUUGAAUUGAAAUGUGAUUUAUUUACAGUAUAGAAGAUCUCUGCGCUUCAUUUUGCCUUCAGGCGAGGACCGUAAGCCAUUUUUUGCCACCCAUGCUCUCUUCAAUGCCACAAGACUCCUAUUACGAAAACCAGCCAUUUUACUACACAUAACAUUACGGAUGAGUCCGAGUAACACUGGAAACACUAUAACAAAGUAGCCAAUGGAGCCAGCGCAAGACCAACAACUAACUGAACGUAUGCUCAACUAAC